GAGUUCAAUUUCUUUCAGCUCUCGUUUACUAUAAUACCAAAUGACCGUUGAAGACUUGAAGGCCACCGUGGCCAAAUUGCAAGAAAGAAUCCAGUAUCUCGAAAAGAAGGCUGGCCUCGUUCCAGAUGUACCCAAAUCUGUGAGAAUGGUUUUGAUUGGUCCCCCAGGCGCCGGUAAGGGUACCCAGGCCCCCAACUUGAAGGAAAAGUUCUGCGCUUGUCACUUGGCCACCGGAGACAUGUUGAGAGCACAAGUUGCUGCUAAGACUGCUCUUGGUGUCGAAGCCAAGAAGAUCAUGGACCAGGGUGGAUUGGUCUCUGACGAAAUCAUGGUCAACAUGAUCAAGUCGGAGUUGGAAAACAACAAGGAAUGCGCCAACGGUUUCAUCUUGGACGGAUUCCCAAGAACCAUCCCUCAGGCCGAGAAGUUGGACUCUAUGUUGGUUGACAGAAAGACUCCUUUGGAAAAUGCCAUCGAGUUAAAGAUCGACGACGAGUUGUUGGUAGCCAGAAUCACCGGCAGAUUAGUCCACCCAGCCUCUGGUAGAUCUUACCACAAGUUGUUCAACCCUCCAAAGAAGAACAUGAUCGACGACAUCACUGGUGAACCAUUGGUGCAGAGAUCCGACGACAACGAGGCUGCCUUGAAGAAGAGAUUGGUCACUUACCAUAAGCAGACCGAGCCUAUUGUUGAUUACUACAGAAAGACUGGCAUCUGGAGUGGUAUCGAUGCCUCGCAGAAACCAGCCACCGUCUGGACCGACAUCUUGAAGUGUUUGGGCCAAAAGUGAUUCUUGUAUAAAGAUAAUAAAAGGUAUUUAUG